UGUUGGGAUAAUUAAAAGGGCUUCGUUUCUUUCCACUUGACCUGGCAGUUCCCUUCUGUAGCAGCGCGGCACUUGGAAGCAGGGACAUCCUGUCCAUCUAGGGAUCAUGGAGAGGAAUGGCUCCCCAGAGAGUCCCCAACAAGGCCAAGGGUGGUAUGCAACCCCCAAGUGUGGGUGGCUGAGAAAACAGGGAGAAUUUACCAAGACUUGGCACACGUACUGGUUUGUGCUCAAGGGAGACCAACUCUACUACUUCAAGGAUAAAGAUGAAACAAGACCAUUGGGUACCAUUUUGCUUCCUGGGAACAAGGUUAUAGAACAUCCGUACAGUGAAGAGAGCCCAGGACAGUUCCUUUUUGAAGUAGUUCCAGGAAGAGAUCAGCAUCAGAUGACAGCCAACCAUGAGACCUACCUCCUCAUGGCUGAUACACAGACGGACAUGGAAGAAUGGUUGAAGUCCAUUCGCAGAGUCAUAUGGGCCCCUUUUGGUGGAGGUAUUUUUGGACAGAAAUUGGAAGAAACAGUCUGCUUUGAGAAGAGAUAUGGGAACUUCCUGGCCCCCAUGUUAGUGGAACAAUGUGUAGAUUUUAUCCGACGGUGGGGGCUAAAGAAAGAAGGUCUAUUUCGACUCUCAGGCCAGGCUAACCUUGUGAAAGAGCUGCGGGAUGCCUUUGACUGUGGAGAGAAGCCGUCUUUUGACGGUAACACAGAUGUACACACCGUGGCUUCACUUCUUCAAUUAUUUCUCCAAGAACUUCCAGAACCAAUCAUUCCCUAUGCAAAGUAUGAAGACUUUCUGUCCUGUGCCAAUUUACUCAGUAAAGAAGAAGAAAUGGGAGUUAAGGAACUAGCGAAGCAGGUGAAAAAUUUGCCAGUGGUUAAUUAUAAUCUCCUCAAGUACAUAUGCAGCUUCUUAAAUGAAGUCCAGUCCUACUCAAGUGCUAACAAAACCAGUAUGCAGAACUUGGCCACUGUCUUUGGUUCCAGUAUCCUACGUCCCAAAAUAGAAGACCCUCAGACCAUUAUGGAGGGCACUGCCGUAGUCCAACAGUUGAUGUCAGUAAUGAUUGACAAACGCAAGCAGCUCUUCCCCAAAUACAAAGAUGUAGAGCUUCAGACCAAGCAACCAGAGGUCGUGGGCAACAAUAACAAUAAAAUUCAGAAGAAAUCAAUGACUGACCAGCUACAUAAGAAAGAGAACAAUAAUAGCAAAGACACAGAAAGCAUAAGGUGCUCUUGGGAUAAGCUUGAGUCUCCUCAGAGAAUCAGCACGGACAAUGGGUCCCUCAUUACUCUGCCAAUGGCCACGGCCAACAGCCCACCAAAUAGCAUACACAAAUUUGAUGUCUCCAGGAGUCCUGCUCUCACAGUUAAAAAAAAUCCUGCCUUUAAUAAAGGCAGCGGCAUAGUCACCAAUGGCUCCUUUAGCAGCAGCAAUGCAGAAAGUAAUGAGAAAACUCAGUACUCUUCCAGUGGAAGUUUACAGGCCAGGAGAACUUCUUCCCUCAAAUGGGCAGGUACCAAAAUGGGAACGUGCAGUGUGCACGGUGGAGGAGUCCGCAUGGGCAUUUGGAGCACAGACACUCUCGGAAACACAGUGAACAGCCAUGGCAUAAGCUGGGUGACCAAUGGAUAUGUGACACUCAGAGAUAACAAACAGAAAGACUCAGUCGUAGGAGACGUGGACCAAGCAAACAGGCUCUCUACCUAUGACAAUGUCCACCAGCAGUUCUCUCCGGUGAGCUUAGAGGAUAAGCAGAGCACAGACAGCACUACCUGGUCUGUCUCCUUGGGUGAAAUAUCCCUUUCUGAUAAUUCUACCUCUUGUCCAGACCAUGACUUCUGUGGUGCAGACCUUGAAGAUCCUGUGUUGGAAAGGUCUUCCCUUGAGGAGUCCUCCUUAUACCCUGGAGAUUAUGAAAACAAAGUUGAGAAGAGGAUUGUGGGAGAUCCCAGUAGGGACAACGUGGAAACCUUUGUUGGGAUUAACACAAGCAACCCUAGUGCCCUGCACAACCUGGUUUCUAACCUAAAACAGGAGAUAAAUAAACAGAAAAUAGAAUAUGAAUCCAGGAUAAAGAGUUUGGAGCAACGAAAUUUGACCUUGGAAAUGGAAAUGAUGACCCUCCAUGAAGAACUGGAUCAGGAGAGGAAAAAGUUCACAAUGGUGGAGAUCAAAAUGAGAAAUGCUGAGAGAGCAAAAGAAGAUGCAGAGAAAAGAAAUGAUCUAUUACAGAAAGAAAUGGAGCAGUUUUUUUCUACAUUUGGGGAGCUGACAGCAGAAUCCCAUAGAACUGAGAGAGACAACACUAUAUGGAUCCAAUGAGCUUCCUUUGUUGCUUGGGUUGGUACUCUUGGAAGUAAUUGCAAUGGGGAUAGUAUACAGUAUAAUGUUCUGGUAACCUGACUGAUAAAAGCACUCAGCACUAUAAAUCCUGGAAAGAGAAAAAAAUACAGUCUAUUAAAUCAUCUGUCCUUUCAGAGUAAACUAAUCAAGGCUGGGCUAUAUUCGUGAAUGUUUCAACAAACCACUGUCAAGUGUUAAAAUCUGAAAUAUGUAUAUAUAGUCAUUUUGUAAAGUCAUCCAGGAAUGAAAGUUGUAUUUAAACUGGGAAAUCAAUUGAAUUUUCUAUCAAGCUUUCUUCCAACGCACUACUUUUGGUAUUACGUUUCAUUGAUUUAUUUUAUGGCUCAGAAGUUUUUGUUAUCCAUUUUGCUGGGAAAUGAAGAUAAGAAAAUUAUAUGUGUACAUGUUCAUACACCUACAGUGUAAGUGAUUAAAAGUUGAGCAAUAACUUGUGGUUGUGCUGUUUAACCAUGAAAG